GAAAAAGACAGUGGUUUUCAACCUUGGGUUUCAUUUUUCCGCGGUAACGGCGGGUGGCCCUGAAACUCGCCGGUAUACCCCCACUUCAGGCUCGUUUGGUAAAGCAAGGCAUGGGAAGGAAGGAGCCGAGGGCUUCCGGAAACGCCCGAACACGGUCUCUUGGCCUUUUCCACGAGCGAUCGAGCGACGCCCUUCCCCCUCUCCCCUUUCUCCUCUUGCCUCUCCCCUUUCCACCCCCGCCGGCAUCUCACUCUCAUUCGGUUUCUCCGCGUGUACCCAACGUUUUUCCCACCAUCGCUUUGCUCGCUAGCCCCCAAGAGUAGUAGAGUAGUAGUAGUAGUGUAGUAGUAGUAGUGUAGUAGUAGUAGUAGUAGUAGUGUAGUAGUGUAGUAAUAGUAGUAGUAGUAGAUACUGCUGCUGCCGCCGUCGCUACUCUUCCCCUCCAUUCCCUUCUCAGCCAAAGUCGUCGUUUUCCAUUCGGUGGCGGCGACGGCGGCGGCAACGGCGACGGUGGCGAUGGUAACGGCGGCAGCAACGGCGGCGGCGGCGGCGGCGGCGGCCGAGCCGCCAUGUCUCGCGGCGGCUCGGCUAGCUUCGGCGAAACGCUCUCGCCUCCUCCCUUCGUCGUUGGCUAAACGUCCAUCGUCGUAGUCCUCGUAGAGCCGCCACCGCGAGCGCUCCUAAAGAGAGAAGAUAAAGGGAGGGAGAGAAAGAGAGGGAAAAGAUUCACUACGGUGGGUGAAGAGAGAAAGAAAAAGAGAGAACGAACGAGAUAGAGAUAGAGAGAAAGAGAGCUGAUAGAUAGGUAGUUACUUUUGGUGUGGUGGGAGAGAAAGAGAGAGAGUAAAACACACAUACGGAUAGUAAGAGGGGUGAGAAGGAAAAGUGGGGACAGAGGAGUGUAAGAGAAAGAGAACGAGAAAGAUAAAGAUAAAGAUAAAGAAAGAAAGAAAGAGAGAGAUACUCGCAAGAGAUCAAACGAACGACACUAUACGUCAUAGGCGAGUACGCGCGUGGCGAGAUAUACCAACUAUAUCUGUGGCAUCUUCUCUCUUGAUACUUAAACUGGUGGUGCGCUUCGAAGCCGGUCGCUUUAUAUGUUGUUGUUAGUGCGCUUGGAAUCCGUUACGACGACGAGUUCUUCUCGUGGCGUUUCUCCCGAUCGGACGCCGCCAUUGUUAUCGUCCGCGUUUGAGAAGAGAAGACGACGCUCGGUCGCGUCCUAGUCUGCAUCUUCUACUGCACUUGCCAUUUCUGCAUCCCCUUCCUUCCUUCCUUCCUUUUUUCCUUUGACUCUUUUGUGAUUCUACAAAAUAAUUUUUACAUCUUUUUCUCUCUCUUUUUCUCUUCUAAAUUUUUCCUUAGUACAGAGAAAUUAAAGGGAAGAUCGUAGAGAAAGAAAAAAAAAAGGAAAAAAGAACACACGCACGCACAUACACGGAAAACACACACGCACACAGAAAAAAAAGCCGGCUCAUGGCUAGCACGCCGAUUAUGACGAGGAAAAAGUGUACUACCAACGAAUAACACGCCUCCCCCUUCUUUUUUUCUUUUCUGACCCUAACGAUCCCUCGUUUCUACGCCUUUGCGCGUUUGACAGGUGCGUUCGAGACGCGCGUGAACGAGUAAGAGAAAGACAGAAAGAAGGGACGAUAAGAUCAGUUAAGAGAGAGCAGAGAGAGAGAGAGAGAGAGAAAAGGGAGUGAGAGAUAUCCAGGCUCCUCGACACUCCGUGCAGUUUUAUUGUUUUCCUUCUGCUAGUACUUGGAAGGGGAGAAAAGAGAAAGAGAAAAGGAGAGUGUGAGAGAGAGGGGAGAAAGAAAGGUCGUGAGACCGAGAAAUAGAAGUGAAAGAAAGAGAGGGCCGAUCUUCUCCUCGUCCUUGCUUGUCCUCCUCGUCAUCGUCGCGUCGUUGAACCAGCCCUGGCAUUUUUUGUUCGACAUUAACUAACCAUAAACAUACAUACACACGUACGUACAUAAAUAUCACUACGAUCAGUUGCUUCUUGUACUACUACGAGGAAAGGACGUUGGAAGACCCAGCAAGUUUUGCGAUAAGAAAGAAAGAUAGAGAGAAAGAAAAAAGGCAAGGAACCAGUGGUCUCGUGUACACAAAGUGUCCAGUGCAUUAUGUGAUUGUUUUCCCAGCGACGCGCUUUCCUCGGCCACCGGUGAUCGAUUCGAAGAGCGUGAAGGAUGCAGGGACUGACGUUCCCGCGUCGGAAAGGGAGAUUCACCCCGUCGUCGUCCUCCUCGUCGUUGCUAGUACUAUUGCUACUGCCACUGGCCGAGCUACCCCUCGCGAACGGUUCUUGCGAGUUUCCAGCAAGUUGGGCGGGAGAAUGGUAUCAACACGGAAAACCGGUACCAAUUAUCAUAAAUGCGACGAUGUUAGGCGAAAGAAAGUGUGUGGAAAGAAGAAAAGACAAGUUUAUCACAUACGGUGAUAAAUGUUACCACUGUAUGAUCAUUACCGCAAGGCACGAAAACGUCAUUCAAUA